CGGAGCCGGGCUCGGAGCUCCGCUGCAGCGGGAGGGAAGCGGCGGCAGUGGGACGCGCACGGCAGGUGAUGCUCGCUUGAUCCGGAGCCAUGUCCCGGUACCUGAAACACUUCACGGUGGUGGGUGAUGACCCCGUACAGUGGAGCAACGAUUAUAAAAAGUGGGAGGAAGAGGACGAGGACAAUGGGGAGAAGGAUUCGGAGAUCAAACUGGAGCCCUCCCGUGCCCACGUCACCUUCCAAGAUGUGAUGAAGAAGCUCUUCAGUUCGCGCAGGUUUCAGAUUGUCAUUGUCUUCUUGGUCAUCGUGGAUGCCUUGCUGGUCCUUGGGGAAUUGCUGAUGGACUUGAAGAUCAUCCAUCCAGACAAAUAUCACAUAGCCCCAAAGGUUUUCCACUACCUCUCCCUUUCUAUUCUCACCAUCUUCCUGGUUGAGGUGGGGUUUAAAAUCUUCAUUUAUGGCCGGGAGUUCUUCCACCACAAGUUCGAAGUGCUGGACAGCAUCGUUGUCGUCGUGUCUUUCAUCCUCGACCUCGUCCUGCUCUUUCGGGAGCACGAGUUUGAAGCUGUGGGGCUCCUGAUACUGCUGCGGCUGUGGCGUGUGGCCAGGAUCAUCAACGGAAUAAUUUUAUCGGUGAAGACCCGCUCUGAACAACAAGUGUCCAAGCUGAAGCAGGUGAACCUGAAACUCGCCACAAAGGUUGAACAACUUCAACACAGCUGUGUGGAGAAGGAGCAAGAAAUUGAGAGGCUUACCAGGAUGUUAAAACAGCACGGGCUCAUCAGCGAGCAAACGUAGAAGGCCAGUUUUCCAAGGUGGGGAAGUCUGCCGUGGCGAGUGCAGCGUUGAAACGUAUCAGAUUGACCUGAAGGGUUUUCCUCUCUGCCUGCUUUCUCUGCUGUAGUGUUUCUGUAAGUGUUUUCUAUCUGACCACACUUUGAUUAGAUCUUGGGAUUGCGAAAAUAGCUUUACUGGAAAAUUAAAUGAGUGCUCCCUGUAAACAGUGACUCCACAAGAUCCUUGUACAGCUGUACAGACAAGUGCAAAAUAAUUUAAUAAAGACACAACUUUACAAGCUGUACAUUCAGGAAGUACCACUCAUUUCAAGGAAUUCUGUUUUUCAGUGAUAAGGUUCUUUGUUUUGCAUCACCUUGUAGAAACUUGCUGUAGCAGACGUAAGAAUCCAGGCUGGAAAGGUCAUUUCAUCUCUCACAGCUGACCAUUCACCACUGCUACAUCUCUUCUUUGCUAAUAGUUCUUUUUCACGCUGCUGGUUGAUUCAUUUUCUGUUGCUGCUUGUGCCACUUCAUUAUUUAUGUAAUCUGACUUCUUUAGCUGGCAAUCACAUGAGCACCAAAAUGGAGGCAAACACAUGCCAUCUUAUGUCAAACAAUGCUUGAUUCUCAACAGAUCUGAGUUCUGAUCCUGUAUUCUAUCAUCUCUUCUUCCAUUUAAGUGUUCGUUUGCAGCCUGCUGGGCUACAAAGUCAUCUGCUUCCACAGCUCAUAAAUCAACACAUUAAAGGAAUCUGUAAGACAAGAUCUAGGUGAGUGGACUUCUGGGAACAGUUAGAAAAAUAAAUUAGGAAGCACAUUCUAAAGGACUAGGCUGGUGUCUGAAUACCAUGUCAACUUGUUCAGGUACUGGCAGCCCUGGGGUAUUUUAUAGUUAAAGAGUGAGAUUUGAGGAAUAGGAAUUUCAAAAGGUGUUGACUGCAGCAGGCUUCUCCAAUUGAUUUUAGCCACAGCCAGCUGGAGGGUCACUGAACUCUUCUGAAAGCAUCAUUUAACUGUUCACAUUUUUAAAAAGAAAUGUAACAAAUUAGUGAUUUGGGGAAAAUAACCAGGAAUGUGUAUCUCAUUCAUCUAUAGAAACAGAUAAAGCGGAGGCCUUAUCUAAUGCCACAUGAUUAAUUAACAAUUAGCUCUGCUGUUCACAGAAUAAUAAAGCCUAGUUUCCUAUGGAGCUGUGCUCCUUCCCUUUCUUUCCCUUUCUGCCUGCUUGCUGUGAGCCCCAGACCAUUGAUCUGGGGUGAGCUCAGAGUGCCCAGCUGCUGGCUGAAUGUGUGCUGACAGGCCAGCUUGCAGCCCCCAAGAAGCUCAUGUGCAACAUUUUUUCCUCCCAGCAGAAGUGCAAUUGGUGCAACUCAUCACUCAUGCUUCUUUCUCUUUUUUCCCCUGCCUUAAAGCUUUUGAGAACCCUCAGGAGGGCUCACUCACCUUUUCUUCUAUUGAACAGUUUUUAAUUCGGCAUGCCUACAGUUUGGAAGGAAAGGCUGGCCAGCACAGUGACUGGAUAAACCUUGCUUCUUUGGGAAAUGGAUUAAAAAUAGAAAAAGAAAUUAAUUAGCUUUUUAUCCUUUUUUUUUUUUUUGGCUUGGGCACUUACCUUAGACAAAUGGGAAGAAAAAGUCAUGGGGUAACUUGGCAUUAAUGGUGGGCCAAGCUUUAUAGCCUGGUUCUGCAGGUGAAGAAAUAUCAGUGAAAACAACAGAACUUGUUACAGGAAUAGUCCUUUCUCUUCCCAGAGGAAGCUGCAAUGAAAAUACAAACAGACAUUAGCCUUGCUCUUCUCCUUGUAUGACUGCUUUGUUUAAGCUGAAUUCUGUUUUUUGCUGUUAUUUGCAAUAAGGUUUUUCCAUGUAUAGUUCCACAAUUCUUUUCAUGGCUGAUGUACAAAUUUUACUGAAGCUUUGGCAAGCUGCCCACAGUCAUGUUUGAGUUGGAACAGAAUCUGGUGGGUGUGAUAUGUUCUAAUAUAAAGUGUUAUCUUUAGAGAGAUUAACCAGGUCACUGUUGCACAGCUGAUACCUAAGCAAAACAAGCCAUUCUUUUUAUCUGAGAUCCUGUAAUUUAAUUACAUACCUGCUUCAAUGUAGUAGUAGUGAUUGUUGCUGUAACAUUUACUAUUCUGGCUUGUGGGUUGACUAGGGAUCCGUAUUUAGUCCACUUCACUUCUAUGUCAAGUGCUGCUGGUAUUUGGCAGGAGCUCUGAAAAGUGUUAGAAAUCCUCUCAUUGUCUGACUGGUACGGGAGCAACCUCAUGCCUUAUUCAUCUUAUUAGCUGAGCACAGUGCCCCCAGGAAGCUCUCUGCAGGAGGUCAGCAGAGCAGCUCAGCCGUGCCUGCGCCCUGCACUGCUGCCUGCACAGACAGCACAGCCACAGCUUGGGGGCGUCUCUGAAGUUUCUCCAUAGGCGACAAACUGACCUCGUAAGUGAACUUCAGGUAGGGCUGCUGGAUCUGAGCAGGGCUUUGGCUGUUAAUGACAGUGCUGAGCUGGCUCUUUUCAGCAAGAAGGCUUUCCUAAUAGUGGCAUCUUAGUAAUGUGGUUGGGACAGCAGAAAACCCUUAACUUUGCCAAGGCAGAGUUUUGAAUUUUAUAACCUUAAAUAUUUCUAGAUUAUUUCUUUUUUAACUCUCAUGUUCCUGUUUAUAGAAAUCAUUCACUGUUCAGCUGCAAAAAAGAUGCAAAAAAACCUCUACAGAAGCUGCAGUUGAGGAUGAACUGUCAUUCAACCCACUCAAAGUAGCAUAAGUGCUCUCUUUACAUUAAGAGGGAAAUGUUCCUUGUUUCUGAAUAUUGCAGAGGAACUGACCUCCAGUUUGUUUGUUUGUUUUUUUUCUGCACUUUUUUUCGUGUAGGUCUGAGAAACCUAAGCUGAGAACAGGUUCAGAUCCCAGAACAGGAGAUAGAAAGGGUGAUAGUGGGGGGGAAGAGUUAAUCUUCACCUGUUCUGAGAUGCGAAGGUGAGUUAUUGGCACCCAGUCAAGCACAUCCUGGGCUUGAGAAUUUCCAAAUGAGGCCACAUAUUCAGGAAAGCUUUGUCCCAUCAGUAAAUCCAGGAGGAUCUGAGCCAAGGGCUGGCAAUUCAUAGCUGCUGUAAUUCUUCCGGGGGGAGGGGGGGAUAAAAAAAAAAAGUUACAGCAAAAUCCAUUGGUUUGGCACAGAAGUAAUUCCUCCUUGCUGUCAUGCACUGCUCAAGCCUUCUGGCUAAAGUGGCUAAUGUGAACAAUCUCUCCAAGAGAAAGAACGUUGUUAAUUAAAUGAUAUUUCUUAUAAUUAAAUACUCUAUUCCCAAUACUCUUACAGCAGCAUGAAUGUCCCAGGAUGUGAACAGAUCCUAAUGGAAAGAGUUGUUGUGGGGCUAAAAGCACUGAAUAAGGAAACAAAAAAUUCUCUUACCGUAACUUACAGCCUGAUAUCAUGUUGUAACCAAAUAACACUGGGGUUCUGGCUUCCUGUGCUGUGAGACAAUCUUGGUUGGCUGUGCUUUGCAGAAUAGUGAGCUGACUGUAUUUGUUGGUACUCUGAAUGAUGCCUGAUGUAAUGCACAGUUAAAGGGAAACACAAUACUUGAGGACUAUGAAGAAAGAAUCUGUAGUCAGAUCCUUAAGAUUUAUCUAAAAUGCUGCAGUAACCCAAGACUCCUCUUAAACCAUGGAGAAGCAUUAGAGCAUGCAGUGAAGAUCUGAGUCUACCUCACUGCACAGUUCCAGGAGAUUGCAGUGAGGACAGGUACUGAUCACUUCUAGAACACAGCCAAAAAUCAUACAUUUACUUUCAGUAAGGAACUGAUGAAAUGUACAGGGUGUCCAAGCUAGAAAGUCUUUGUGAAGUUGGAGCAGAACAAGUGUUGAAAGCAGAACUGCAGAGGGAAAGGAUAUCCUUGUGGCUUGAAGCCUGCUCUUACAGCCAGUCCAACAACAUAACCAGGAUUACCACUGAAAGGAACUGGAUUUGUAUUCACCUGCAACACAGAUUUACAGUAUUACUCAUCUUGUGCUGAAAUAUUUGGAAAAUGGUAAAAUGUUUCAGUGUUCUUCCAGUUAUUAACUGCUUUGUACAGCAGUAAAGCUUCGCUGUAAGAAUAUUCCAGUUUUCUGAUAGUGGGAUCAGCUUUGCUUUCUCUGGAUAUGCUCGUACACAGUGACAGGAUGAGUCUUCUGCACACCAGUAACAGUCUCUGGAGGCCCUUAAUGCUCACUUCUGAAAUGCUGCCUCAUCUGUGUCCCCAGGACAAGUUACAUUUUUACCUUGCUGCUAACAAUUGCUCUGAUUCAAGUUUAAUAAGUUUUGUAAUUAAAUGUCUUUCACCAAGUCAUCCAUAACAUCUCUAGCAGGUACCUGAGUAAAGCUGAUUUCAAAGCUCUGUUGUAUUGAGAGUGCUUCUUUGUUAACUGCUCCCAAGACAAAAGAAGCAGCUGCUUCUGUUAUUUCUCCUGUGUCUGUGUAUGUAAUAUGAUAACUCACCUGAAAAUGAAACAUUUUAGAUACUAAUUAGAACAAGUAGAUAAGAGUAUGGAACUAAAAUAAAGGAAUUUAAAACUA